AUGGUCAGGGCAGGAAGGCAAAAGGUCAGAACGGGCUGCUAUACAUGCAAGAUCCGCAAAGUAAAAUGUGACGAGACCAAGCCGAGCUGCCUCCGCUGCACCAAGACAGGCCGCAGGUGUGAUGGCUAUCCAGCCGCUCCGUUGCAUUCGCAGUCAUGGCAGGAGCUCUUGGCCAAACGGCCCAUCAUCCCGGCCAUGACGCAUCGUCACAACUCCCAGGAGGGCCGCGCCCUCGAGUUCUACCGGUGCGUGCUCGCGCCCACCUUCUCCGGCUCCCUAGACGACGACUUCUGGACCCACGUGGUCAGCCGUGCUAGCUACCAGAAUCCCGUCGUCCGCCAUGCCGUCGUUGCCAUCAGUUCCAUCUGCGAGCUCAUCGGCGACCCCAGCGUCAAGGGGCAAGCCCUCGUCAAGUUCCCAAAGGGUCGAUAUGCCAUCGGCCACUAUAACCGCGCCCUCCAGGAUAUAUCCAAGACGGAUGAUGAGGCCAUGGUCAUCUUUGUCUGUAUUUUGUUCGUCUGUAUAGAAAUCCUUCAGGGCAACCGUGAGGCGGCCAUCUCUCACUGCCAUCAUGGCGUCCAGAUCCUUAACCAGCUGAACGGGGGCAAGAGCAAAGUAAACUCGUCAAGUUCCAUCUUGUCGCGGGACCAGCUUCUAAACCCCUUUGCCCGUCUGAGCAUCUUCCCCUUCUUCUAUGGCAGCACAGUGGACGUCUUCCCCAACCUUCUCCGGCACGGGUCCGAGGCGCCAGAGUCAGACGGUACCUACGGCUCCUCCUCCGCCGCCACCUCGGCAUCCGACAGCGCCCUAACGGUGCUCGACGAGCUACGCUCCGGUCUCGACCUCCUCGUCGCGCGAGCCAUGCGCUUCCUCCGCUCCGCCGACCUCUACCGGAUCGGGCCUUCGCGGCACGUGCCCGUCCCCUCCCACAUCCUGACCGAGCAGGCCAAUCUGACCAAAUCGAUCGAUGACUGGCUGGUCCGCUUCACCAUUUUCAGCGCACUGCACUCGCCCACCGAGGACGCGGCGGGCUUGUUCUACCAGAUGCGCAUGAAGAGCUACAUCACCAAGAUCUGGAUUGCCACGGCGCUCGACCGUACCGAGAUGGUGUACGACCGGUUUGUUCCCCUGUUCCGCGAGAUCGUUGAUAUGGCCGGCCGCUAUCUGGAUGGUGGUCCCGCAUCCCCGACCAACGCCAACGCCCAGAAACCCCGUUUUGUCUAUGAAAUGGCUUACCUCCCUAUGCUCUAUUUCGUUGUCAUGCGCUGCCGGCACCUCGAGACCCGCGUGACUGCUUUAGAGCACAUGACCACCCUAUCAGCGUUGCACCAAGGACUCUGGGACUCAACACUAACCUUUUGCAUCGGCUGGCGACUCAUUGAAAUCGAGCAUGGCGCUGACCGGGAGACACUCUUGCUAGCCAUGGCGCAGGCAAAGAGUUUUGGGCAGUCCAUGUCCCGUACUUAUUCUCGUCUAGCACCAGAUUCCAAUUCGUUGGUGGGGAGGAUGAUGCCCGGGACGACACCGAUGCCCCCCGACAGGAUGAGACUAAGGGAGUGUGUGAUUACAGGUGAUCAUACCGUGGAACAAAAGGAUAGCCCGGGCUCGGGCUUGAGGACGGGGUAUAGAAGGGUCAUUUUUCAUGUGUGGAAGCCGGAGCGUGAGGGCGGGGUGGGCACGUUUGAGGAGUGGGUGCCGAUUUCGGAGCCGCCGCCGAUGAGGGAUAUGUGUUAUGACUAUGAGUUUGCGCAGGCGGCGGCGGCGGAGACGGAGGGGAAUGAGUUGGUUGAGGUCAAGUUGGAGCCUAGCUUUGGUUUGAGCUUUGUUGAGGCAAAGCCCAAUUUCGGCUCUUAUUAUGUUG